AUGCCUCUUGAAGCUGUGAUGAUCAUCACUGACAACAGCGAAAGCUCACGCAAUGGAGAUUACCAGCCCACCCGAUUUGACUCCCAAGCCGACUCGAUCAACAUCUUGUUCGACUCCAUCACACAAGGAAACCCGGAAUCGUCAGUAGGCCUAAUGAGCAUGGGCGGCAAGGGACCGGAAGUCCUCUCGACCCUCACGACAGAACGCGGAAAGCUUUUGGAAGGUUUGCACAGAACGAAGAAGAAGAUUUCGGGAAAGUCACACCUUGCCACCGGCAUCCAGAUUGCUAGUCUGGCCCUGAAGCAUCGACAGAACAAGUCCCAACGACAGCGCAUUAUCGUCUUCGUUUGCUCCCCAGUCGAUGACGAUGAGAAGAAGCUGGUUACCUUGGCCAAGAAGAUGAAGAAGAGCGGUAUCAACAUAGACUUUGUACUAUUCGGCGACCUCGACGACGACGAAGUACAAAAGAAGUUGGAAGCAUUCAACAAUGUAGUGAAGGGCAACGAGGAAUCGCAUCUAGUGGUCAUCCCACCUAGCGGCAAGCUACUUAGUGACCAACUCAUCGCAUCCCCCAUCAUGCUUGGCUCUAAUGCAGGAGCUGGCGGUUCGGGAGGCAUGGAGAGUGGCGGAGGUGCUGGUGGUGACUUUGGAGGCUUCGACUUCGAUCCUAGCGCUGAUCCCGAGUUGGCGCUUGCUCUGCGUAUGAGUAUGGAAGAGGAGAAUGCAAGACAGGCACGGCAGGCACAGGCCGAUGAGAAUGCGGCCAACAAGACAAAUCUAGAAGGCAUUCAGGAGGAAGGCGAGAACCAACCGUUACUGGACAAGGAUGGCGAGGCAAGCGGAUCAUCCAAGAAGGAUAAGGACGAUGACAGGAUGGACACUUCAUAG